AUGCCAUCAGCCCGCGGCACACGCUACAACCCCUACCCUCACCCUCAUCAUCCUCCUCCUCCUCAUCACCCCCCUCCUCCUCCCCUCUCUCCCCUCCCUCCCCUCUCCUCAAACUCAUCUCUCAACUUCUCACUCCCUCUAAGUGACGAAGAAACAAAACCAUUCGAACAACACGAACCCGAGCACGGGCAGGACCACGCGCACAUGUCCUCACCUCCCGAACAGGAGGAGGACUCGCCAGAAGGUAGCAGAAGGAAGAAAUCACACGCUCAGAGACAGCAGUUUACUGCUUGUGGCGCAUGUCGAUUACGCAGAGUAAAAUGCGAUUUGAAAGACGUCGCCCUCUCCCGCCCAUCGGACAGUUCCGACCCUCUACAGUGCACGAACUGCAGACAGAGGCAGCUGAAUUGCGUAGAUGAGUACUCGCGCAAACCGGCGAAGAUGAUGCGCAGAGGGAGGAGGUUACAGCAGGCUCAAGCGAUAUACGGUAUCGGUUCCCAACCCUCACCCACUUUUCCCCAACAGCAGAAAAGCGUGAUCCCACUCCCUACGCCCGAGUUCUUCCACUCGGAGUGGUUUAGGCAUUUUUACUUUCAACGACCAAUAGUCGACGCCUCCGAAUUCCCCACAUUCUGCACCCCCGGCGGCCCCGGCCUAUUAGGCGACUCCCCCGACCUGAUCAGCAAGUCCCUCAUAAUCUGGGCCCAGAGCUACGGCGUCGACCACACCGGAACCGUGUUUUCCCCUACGAGGCAGGACCUGCAGCUCCGAGUGGAGAGGUGUAGACCUAUGGUGCAAGAGUUGCUUGAAGAGGUGGAUAGGAGAGGUGUAUUGAGGAAGUUGAGCUGGGAUAACGUUAGGCUCGUGUGUCUCCUCCUGCCUCUAACGCUCGAUACGUUAACACCACAUGCGAGGAACGCGAUGUAUCGUGCGGCGCUGUCCCAGGCGUAUGAGCUUGCUAGACCUGGGGUGGACCCGGUCAGAGUGGAUAGGGCGAUGGACGUACCGACGUUUUUGAAGCUGAGGGUGUUGUGGUAUGUGCUUGUUUUUGAGGGAGUAAAGACAGCCCUCUAUGGAAACCCCGUGAUCCUAGACGAAGAAGUAUGGAAAGGCUGUCUCCCUAUCCCGCGAACGACGCCCUUCGAAGACGGGCCUCAACUGCGCACCCGCCCCACCCGUUCAGGGGUGAACGGUCUCGGAGUCGGUAUCGGUAUCGGUAUCGGCGCUGGAGUGCUCACUCGCACGGCCUAUGUCCCCGCUGACGACCUCUCCGCUCUCUGGGGCUACGCCCUUCCUCCAGUAGACGCCUCCUUCGCCUGUCGGCGGAUCCACGCCGAGCUCACCUCAGACCGGGCGACUUCUCGCCCAACAGUAGAUCCUCGAGCAGUACAAAAGAUCUGGGAACUCCUCGAACGCUGUUGGCAGGAAUUCGAGGAAUUGAAGAGCUGUAAUCCGAGUAAUGUGGGUGAUGGAGCGAGCGGGAUGAACAUACUUCCUGCGGAGGAGAGGGCGAUGUUGGCUUCCCGCUGGCAGAUAUUUCUUGUAGAGUGUCGUAAGUACUUGCGGAAGUACGAUGGAUGUGGAGCGGAUGCUGACACUAAGGCAGACGUCGUCGUCCUCGACGCGCUCAAGCUUCGCCUCUUAAGGCUAACAGAAGAACCAUCAACAUGCGCGAUCACCUCCGACUCUCCCUUGCCCUCCCCCGUAGAUGCACACCCCUCCCACCCUUCCCAAUCCCAGUCCCAGUCGGAGUACAACAACGUCCAGCACCUGAUCACGCUCGCCAAAGCCCACUCCCUCCGCGCCGCCGAGCGGGGGUCAGCGAUGCUCCCCUGGCUCCUCUCUACCCCUCUGUUCCAACACGACUCUACCCUUGUGUGCCGGGGGGUGUACCUUGGGGCGAGGGUGUUGCUGGAGGAAGGCCGGGCGGGGGCGGGGGCCGGGGAGGAGGUUGCGUACGCGUUGGAGGCGCUGGAUAGGAUGCAUUGGGCUUUUGGGGAUUCGUUGGAGCUGUGGGGCAAGUUGAGGGAGAUGAUUGAUGUGCAGCAAUCUGCCCAAUCUGCCCAGUCCCAGUCUGCACAACAAUCGCAAUCUCAACAGCAAGCACAUCCCGCCCAUUCUGCCUCCCUAUCUGGACAACGACUUCGUCCACUCACGAUCCCAACAUGGGCAACCUCCACUCCCUACUCCCACUCCCACUCCCACUCACACCCCCACUCCCACUCCCACUCCCCCGAGCUACCCCAGCUGCACCUACCCCUCCAGCCGGCGUUCUAUGAGCAGGAGUAUGAUACGUAUGGGAUGGAGGGACUUGGGUAUGGGUUUGUGAUGCCGCAGGGGGUGGAUGUUGGGGUUGGGGUGGGGGUGGGGAUGCAGGGGGUUGGCGUGGGUGUGGGAGUGGGAGUACAGGGGGUGGGGGUGGGGAUGUACCCGACUGUGCAGACGCAGGCCCAGGCGCACGCUCAGGCACAAGCACAGGCACAGGCACAUGCCCAGCAACCAACUCAAUCCCAAGGUCAAAGUCAAGCUCAAUCCCAAGUCCAAGCUCAAGGUCAAAGUCAAAGUCAAGCUCAAAAUCAAAAUCAAAAUCAAGGUCAAGGAGGUGCGGUCUAUCCCCAAGACCCCUUAGCACCCAGUGACGCCAGCUACUCGGACCAGGUCCCUCCCACGCACAGGCUUCCGGCCGUGCAGGCUGGUUCUGGCCAACCGACCCCAGACUCUGACUCGACUCCCUUUGCCUACUCCCUCCCCCCACCUACCAACACCAGCACCGGCGCCAGCGGCGGGGGAGUAGGGCCAGCCCAACCCUCCGCCUCCCCUUCCACUGUCCAUUCCCGUCCUUCUUCGGCACAUCAGUAUCCUUACCCGCAGCAGCUUGAGUUUCCGAUGAAUACCCCGGGUUCUGGUUAUCCGUUUUCGCCGAAUGUGCAUGCGGGUGGCGUGGGGGUGGGAGUGGGAGUGGGAGGGGGCGGACAUUAUCUCCAGGAAUACGCGACUGAGGGGUUCCAGUUGCUCGAUCCGGAACAUUCCCAUUCCCAUUCCCACCACGCGCAGGGGUAUGGGUAUCCCUACCCGCUGCAGCAUCCCUCACCGUCGCUGAUGAAGAAUGUGGAUCUGGAUCUGGAUAUGCAUGUGGAUGUGGAGGGGGUGCAUGUCCAGUUCGGGCAGGGGACGUAUCAUGCAGAGCCGUUUUUGCACUAUUAA